AUGGAAUCUUUGGCAACAACCAUUCGUUUUGUCACGUUUAACUGCCGUACACUCUCGAGUGAGCUCCAACAAGCCGCUCUAUCCAGACUUCUGCGAUAUCUCUGUGUGCCUUUUGCUGCACUGCAGGAAACACGCAUGAGAGAUCGGCCCGUCAUCAGCAUCGAAAAUUACACCAUAUACUUCGGCGAUGCUGAUGAGAACAAAGUAGGUGGCUGCGCGAUAGCUGUGAGGAACGAUUAUAAGAACCUGGUGGAGGAAUUUAGCUCAACGUCGUCUAGAUGCGCCUUUUUACGACUGCGGGAUCGCGGAGGACGUAAACUCUGGAUCGUAAGUGCUCACGCACCUACGGAAACUGCUGAGGACAACAGUAAGGACGCCUUCUAUGACGAGCUCAAUACGUCUGAUGUCUAA